AGCGCCAACCAUUGGCAAACUCCGUAGCUGAUCAUUGGCUUCACGCCGCAGUCUUCUUCCUCUACCUGAUAUCACAAUCUUCACCUCAACAUGCGACGAGCAAAUCCCCGACAGAUUGGCUUUGUAUGCCACUCGUGCGCUUCACUGCCAGCACGAGCCUCAAGGCAGCCCUUUAGCAGCCGCAUUCUAUCUCCAGCCUCACGACAGGUCGCUCAAACCUCGGUCUGGAGAUCAACGUCUGCGAGAUGGAGUACAUCUGUCGCGGCCUCGAAAGCGGAAGCCGAAGCCGAAGCACAUGUGGAUAUCAAUGGCAAGGCUACGUCAACACCGGCGCCACGGACGCCGACGGAUGCCUCGCAACUGGCAAGCAUGGCAGAGGACAGCUGUAACAAGUUUCUCUCGGUCGACGGCAUCCCGACGAAGCAGCUGACUGCCGCCGCACUGCAGUCGUGUCUCCGGGCCGCGGCAGCCCUCCAUCCCCAGCUGAAGCGGGCAGAGGCGCAAUUCAAGGCAUCGGCAUCGAAGCUUGUGACCCUGGGUGCCGAGCGGACGGGAGCGAGAAUUCCGGUGGACCCCAAGCUGGAGGACGCAACCAGUCGCAUCUCCCACGCGGCAUACAACAUCAUCGCCCAUCCGAACGUCGAGAUGACACCCGAGUUUCUCGAGCUUUACGUUGCCAUCCAGGCACAGCUCGGCCGGCCAGAGUCUCUGCCCGCCGUCUUUGAGCUCUACGCGAACAAACCAAAGCCCAUCGUCAAGGACGGCCAGAUUGCGUAUGUGAAGCAGAAUCCCAACGCGGCUACUCGAGCCAUUGAGCCCGCCGUUGCAGACAUGGCUUUACAGACUGCGAUCGAUGCCAAGAAUCUAGAUUCCGCCCUGGGCAUCAUUGAGUCGUCAUACUGCCGCCCUGCUUUCAAGCGGCAGAAGCUCAUCAAGCACGGCACCGCCCCGGCCAUUGGUCUCGCCACGCUCCCGUUUGGCAUCUUUGGCUUAUCCACAGGCUAUGCUGCGUAUUGGCAAAACACCAUGGACAUUAGCACUGCUACGGGAAUCGGCGUGGCUGGCAUCUCGGGCUACUUCCUUGUCGUUGGGUCCCUCGGCAUGAUUGCCAAGCUGAGCAACAAGGAUCAGAUGAAGCGAGUGACCUGGACGCCUGGAACCCCGUUGCGGUACAGGUGGUUGCGGGAGGAAGAACGAGCGGCGCUGGACAAGGUGGCGUGUGCUUGGGGGUUCAAGGAGCCUUGGAGGCACGGCGAAGAGAUGGGUCCGGAGUGGGAAGGGCUGAAGGAGUAUAUGGGAUACAGGCAGAUGCUGCUUGAUCGCGUCGAGUUCAUGGAGGGCAUGAGCUAA